CUGACUUUUCAUAUUUGUCAGUUGUUUAUGAAAUCGCUUUUGUUCUGCAGUUUUAAAUCUUAAGCCUAAUAUUGUCAAUCAAUCAUGGCAUUCAUAUCUAUACCUUCUAAAAAAUCUUAUGAAGUUGAUUUAAAUAAACCUUUGAAAAAUUGUCUUGCUUCUAAUUAUGGUGGUGACAAUAGUACCUUCAAUGCUGAAGCUGUUGCUGAGGAAAUCAAUCGAAUGCGAUCUAACUGUAUAAGUAAAAAUCUUGAUCAAAAACAUGAACAAUCUAUUGAAUUGCUGGAAAGAUAUUAUGAUGUAAUAACAUCUCUGGAGCAGAAAUGUCCUCAACAUGAGCUGCAAAUUAAUUUCAAAUGGAAAGAUGCAUUCGGCAGGGGAGGCUCUUUCCUUCUAUCGACUAAUACAUUGUCUCUUUCUAGCAUUGUUUAUGAAAGGGUCUGUAUUUUAUUCAAUAUUGCUGCUAUGAAAACUCAGAUUGGUUCUAUGCUUGCAAAUGAAGGUAUAAAAAAUGAUAUUUCCCUCAAAUUGGCUGCCAAGCAUUUUCAAUCCGCAGCUGGCAUAUUCCUUGCUUUACGUCAUAUUACACCAACAAUUGGCCAAGACUUGACAUCUGAUCUUAAUUCUGACGUGCUUAACACCCUCCACACCAUCAUGUUAGCCCAGGCUCAAGAGCUGUUCUUCUUUAAAGCCUCUAAUGAUAAUAUGAAGGAUAAUAUUAUUGCUCGUGUAGCCUCUCAAUGCGAAGAGUAUUACAUGGAUGCAUUGAAACACCUUCCUAUCCUAAAAUUGGCUGGGAUCGAGAAAGAUUGGAGUGCUAUCUUCUCAAUGAAGCAAAGUGUCUUUGCCGGUAUCGCCGAAUUUCAUCAAGCUAAUGUCUGUCAAAGUAAAAAGGAAUUUGGUGAAGUUGUCGCAAGAGCUCAAAAAGCUGAUGAUUGCUUGAAAGCUGCCCAAUCUAAGGGAGGUGUUUAUUUUAACAAUUCUUACAAAAAUUUCUUACAGAAAGCUCAAAGACUUCUAGAAGAAGCUCGGAAAGACAAUGAUUUUAUUUAUCAUGCAAGAGUUCCUGAGGAAAAAGCUCUAGACCCUAUUGGUAAAGCAUCUCUGGUUCAACCUACACCAUUACCGACUAAAUUCAGGCCUAAUGUGCCUGAUCCAUUUGCCAACCUUCUCCCUCUUGCUAUUCAACAAGCUACUCAAAAGCUUGAGUCUAAAAAACAAGAGCUGGUCCACCAAGAAACUGCAACAUUGCGUGAGCUGACUCAAACUUUGAAUGGAGUUUUGGCCUCUCUUAAUUUACCUGCUUCCCUUGAAGAUGUUGUCGGAACUGAGUUGCCUGCUUCCAUCAGAGAAAAAGCAGAAUUUGUGAGAAGACAAGGUGGCAUCGAUGCAUUAGAAAAACUUGUCAACGAGCUUCCUAAUCUGUUAAAUAGAAAUAGGGAGAUACUUGAAGUUACCGAGAAAAUGUUGGAACAAGAAGAGACAACUGAUAACAAUUAUCGUGCGCAAUUCAAAGAGAAAUGGUCUCGUUCUCCAUCUUCUUCUUUGACAGGAGUCUUUCGGGAACAUGUGAUCAAAUACCAGAGUAUAAUUCAAAAUGCUAUAGAUGCCGAUAAAAAGAUUCAGAAAAAGUAUAAUGAUAAUAAAGAUCUGAUCAGACUUCUCUCUCAAGAUGACAAUGGAAUACUAAAAGCUAUUCCUGAUGGAUCAGGUAAUGGUUCAGACCUAUUGAGCUCUCCAAGUGCCAAAGAAUUGAAAUCAUUAAUGAAUGAAGUGGAUAAACUAAAACGAGAACGAGAUGAGCUUGAAGAACACCUGAAAAAUGCUGUGUUUGAUGAUAUGAAAGCCAAAUUUUCUGCGGCCUUAUCUUCUAAUGGAUCAGUUAAUGAAGAUGCUCUAGGAGUCGAAACAAUUGCUGAAAUCUAUGCACCGCUACAAAAGCAAGUUCGUGAUAGUAGAGCUAAACAAGAAGAAUUGAUUGAAAGGAUUCAACGAGCCAAUGAACAAUUCUCAAAUCUUAAAAGAAUGAGUAACCAGGGAGAUUCCCAUCGUGAAAAUUUCCUCACCCGUCUUGUUAUUGCUCAUGAUGCUUUUUCCGAAUUAAUGACCAACAUUGCUGAAGGAACUAAAUUUUAUAAUGACUUGACAACUUUAUUGGUUAAUUUACAAGGCAAAGUAGACGAUUUGUGUUUUGCUCGUAAAACAGAGGCUGAAGAGCUUGUCAAGGCGAUUCAAAAUGAAAUUGUUUCCCGUCCUAAUCCAGCUCCACCAUCAGCUCCGUCAUAUCAUUCCAAACCCGAUGACAAGUCUAAGCCCCCUCGACCACCUCCACCACAAGUCUCAUCAGCAUCUGCUCCAUCUUCGGCAUCGGCUCCACAAUCAGCCCCAACUUCAGGACCAACACCAAGUUACCCUUUUGCACAACCUUAUCCCAAUCCUUACCAACCAUACUACUAUCCUCCUCCACCUCUUCCUCCAACUUACAGCGCUUUCGCUAAUCCCUAUGCUCCCCCUCAACAAAAUCCUUAUCCGACUCAACCUCAGCCCAACCAACAGCAACCUCAACCUCAACCUCCUCCCUCUGGUUACCCUCCAUACCCGAACCCAUAUUCACCCUAUCCUCAGUAUCCUAGAUAGACAGCCAGGCCUUUCAUCAUACAAUCAAGAAUCUUUUAAAUGAAAAUGUUACAGUUAAUCGCUAUUAUUUGCCUUGUUCCGAUGUAUUGUUUUUGAUAUCCUCUCGUCAAACGGAAAAAACGGAAAAAAUGAAGCCAAAGUUGAGUUUGAAUAAUCAAAUUUCAACAAAAUUUUAAACUUGAUAUGAAUCUUUAUUUAAAUUUUAGUUUUUUCCUUGAUAAAUUGUUCAACAUUUAUUUCUGUGCACUGAAAGAAGUAUUUUAACUCAAUUUACUGUGAGAGUUAACUCGCUUUAUGAAUGUCUAGAUUGUCAAAAUUAUACCAUUAAACUGACUUGAAAUAAUUAAUUCAA